GCUGCCCGUGUCAGGGGCACCCACCAGCACCAGGUGAUCUUUCGUCGCUCUCGGCACGAACAAUGAACUCGAGAAUGCUCUUCGCUCUAGUGCUCGUCGGCGUUCUAGGCCUGACCUACGCGGACCAGCAUGAAGGCCAACCAGGCUCCGUUUGUGCAUUGGAAGAAACUGCCAAGCGCGCACUCCUAGGAUGCGUCCAGGCGAAUCUGCAUGCAGAUACUAACCAAAAGCUGCAAAACAUGAAGGGGCAGUUUGACUGCGCUGACGUUUACUGCGUUUUCCUGGCAAUCUGUCAUCGGAACAACGGCACACUGGAGCUUCCUCCUUCAAGCACCCUCUUCACGGAGGCUGAAAAGGCUGACCUUCGCAGUACUAUCCUAACCUGCCGUGACAACCUCCUGAACCAGGCCAGCAGGACCACCUAAAUACAACACAUACGUGCAUAUACAUGUUGUAUUGAUUCCAGAAUAAAAUUCUUGCAGUGAAGAA